ACACAUCUGCAAGAAAACAUCGCAAUGGAUAGAAAUUCGGCUUUGGUGCUGUCAUACUUAAGUUAAGACAACUUUUGGGAAUCUUCCCUGGAUAUAAUCUUCGAAGACAAAACGUUUUUGCGGAAUCUGGUCGAAGCCUGGUUGCUGCAUUCAGAAUUCUUCAACAUCAAUUGCGGUUUUGUUUUAUUUUGAAUCGAUCAUGAAAUGGUAUUAAUGUUUGGAACGAACUGAUCCUGAGCUGAUUAUUAUUCUGUAAGUCAGCAAGAAAUGAUCUGAAAAGCUGCAUAGUGUGGGAAAGCAGAAAGAUGCCAACCGCAAGUACAUCACAGCGACCAGACUCAGCGACCAAUCAGAGACGCUCAAGCUUGACAACUGGUUCUGGUUCGCCAAGACGUUCGAGUGUGACAGAGUCUUCCAUUUCGCCACGACGAGCUAGUUUGACCAAUAAGAAAAGUCUAAUACAGUUACCUGGUAACAUACCCGUCCAGAAGCCAAGAUACCUACGAAGAACGUCUAGUUCCCAGGAGAUCAGAAAGGAUGAUGGAGGAUCGGCUGAAAACAGCAAGGAUCUUAAUCAAAACAGCGUUCCAGGCAAGCUUAAUGUGAGGAAGAUUUCACGAAGAAGAUCAAGCACAUCUGGGGCUCUGCUUCUUCAAAAUGAUGCAUUGACGUCACCGAGAUCAAAUGGAGACGAAAAUUCGCCCACAAGUAGCAGCCGUAAAUCAAGUAUUUCGUCUCUGCCAAAUUCACCGCGCGGAAAAAGCCCACUCUUUAACACAACCGUGCACCAGAAGUCAUUGUCACCACGAUCGAGAUGGAUGGGCGCUUCUGAAAAAAUCAAGCGAAGAAACAGUAGCACUUCAAACCAUUUUCUGAGUCCUGCGGAAAGACUUGGGACCACGUUUAAGUAUCCGGACACAAGAAACAAAGCCUCUGUGUACACAAAUGAAAAUUUCAUCGAAGGUAGUUUGGUGAUGAGCUCAAAUAAGUCCAUUCGAGCACUGGAGUUUGAGAACAAAGAAUCUGGGAAGGAGGCAAGAGACAUUAGAGAUGCACUUGAAAAAAUGGAAGAAGAAAAGAUGCAGCUUGAAGUUCUAGAGGCUGGAGUGGCAGCAUGGGUUGGCCUUUUGGCAAACAUCCAGCGGUUGAGCAAGGGUGUUCCUCUAAUGAGAUCAAUUAGAUUGGUCUGCCUGCAAAUGCAAAAAACAUUCAUAGAAAAUGGCGGAAAGUAUGGUGCAAGUCUGCUUUCCCUUAGAAGGAGCAAAUUACCAAACGUGUCAAAAAUAUCGUGUGUUAUGGAAGAAGUUAGGGCAAAAGUUGUAGAAGGUGGAGAAGAGCUGAGCUUGGUCGAUGGAAAGUUUCUGGAAGAAGUGCGAGAAAUCCUUGGUCGUUUAGAAGGAGUACUUGCUGUCACAUUGGCCCAUUAUCGCUGA